CAUGGCAGGGGCGGCCGGGGAGGGAGAAGGAGGAGAAAAAGGAGGAGUUACGUGGAGCCGGCGCCGCUGAGGGUACGGAGUGGGUUGAGGGGCCAUGCCGCCACCGCCGCGGUAAUUGAGAAUGGGUCCUCAACGAUGCUGAGUGUACAAUGGGAAGUGUCACGCUUCGCUAUUUCUGUUAUGGGUGCCUUUUCACAUCAGUGACCUGGACACUUCUGCUCUUUGUUUAUUUCAACUUCAGUGAAGAGAACCAAUCCUUCAAGAAUGUGCCCGUCAAGGGGCUGGAACCUCAGAAGCCGUUUCCAAAAAAAUUCUACCCCCGUUUCACUCGGGGGCCAGUUAAUGUACCUGAAUUGCAACAGAAAGAGAGUAAGUUUAGAAAUCCUCUUAGAAAUCAUGUCCAGGAUCCAGUAAAGGGGGAGCGAGACUUCUCUCCUGAAAUGGGAAUGAUUUUCAAUGAAGAAGAUCAGGAGGUACGAGACUUGGGCUAUCAGAAGCAUGCUUUCAAUAUGCUCAUCAGUAACCGGCUGGGAUACCACAGGGAGGUACCUGAUACAAGAGAUGUGAAGUGUAGAGAGAAAUCCUACCCUUCUGAUCUGCCAUUUGCCAGUGUUAUCAUCUGUUUCUACAACGAAGCACUUUCUGCCCUGCUUCGCACAGUGCACAGUGUCCUGGAUCGCACUCCUGCUCACCUUCUUCAUGAAAUUAUUUUGGUGGAUGACAACAGUGAACUGGAUGACCUGAAGAAAGACUUGGUUGAAUAUGUUAAAACUCAGCUUCCAAAAACAACAAAGCUAGUAAGAAAUGAGAAGCGGGAAGGCUUGAUUCGAGGAAGGAUGGUUGGAGCCUCUCAUGCUACAGGAAAAGUGCUGGUAUUCCUGGACAGUCACUGUGAGGUGAAUGAGAUGUGGCUGCAACCUCUGCUGACUCCAAUCAAAGAAGACCGCAGGACUGUGGUGUGCCCUGUGAUUGACAUCAUCAGUGCUGACACACUUACCUACAGCUCUUCCCCAGUUGUGCGUGGAGGGUUUAAUUGGGGCCUGCACUUUAAGUGGGAUCUCGUUCCUUUGUCAGAGCUUGAAGGACCUGAGGGAGCCACUGCUCCAAUCAAAUCACCCACUAUGGCUGGAGGCCUGUUUGCUAUGGACCGUGAGUACUUCAAUGAGCUUGGACAGUAUGACAGUGGCAUGGACAUCUGGGGAGGAGAAAAUCUGGAAAUAUCUUUUCGGAUUUGGAUGUGUGGGGGUCGACUUCUGAUCAUUCCCUGUUCCAGAGUAGGACACAUUUUCCGUAAAAGACGUCCCUAUGGUUCUCCAGGGGGACAGGACACGAUGGCUCAUAAUUCAUUAAGGCUAGCACAUGUCUGGAUGGAUGAAUAUAAGGAGCAGUAUUUUGCUUUGAGACCUGAGCUAAGGACAAGGAACUAUGGAAAUAUAACUGAUCGUGUAGAACUGAGAAAAAGAUUGAACUGCAAGUCAUUCAAGUGGUAUUUAGAUAACAUCUAUCCUGAGAUGCAAGUAUCCGGGCCCAAUGCCAAAGCUCCACAGCCAGUUUUUAUUAAUAGAGCGCAAAAACGACCAAAAAUAAUCCAGCGUGGAAGGCUGUAUCACCUUCAAACCAACAAAUGCCUGGUUGCCCAGGGUCACCCGAGUCAGAAAGGAGGCCUGGUAGUGGUUCGCGAGUGUGACUACAAUGAUCAAAACCAGGCUACUUUUUACCAUGUGAAUAGAUAGCAGUCUCAGUACUGCAGUUUCUCUACUUGGGAAGACACGUGAAGGUCUUGGAAACAACACUGUCCUUCUUGAGACUCACUGAGCGCGGUACUUUGGACUGGAAAAUGGUCUUCUGUGUAUUCAGUAGUUAGAAAUAGCUCAAGUAGAAGUAGUGGGAGGGUCUGGUAGAGCUGAGAUAAGGGAUGAGAAGCCUGAAGUAACAGAAGCUGAGAAGCAGAAAUACUGAGUGUGAAUUUUGCAAGCAGAAGGCUAACAUGGAAUUAAUGUGGUAUAGUUGAGUGGUUGCAUGGAGAUGCCAAGGCAGCUGAAGUGAACUCUUCUGCUCAAAGUCAGCAGUGUGUGACCUCUUCCCAUAAACAAAACUGGGGUGGUGAAGGAGGUCAGAAAGUAUCUAAGGGCUUCAAAAGGUCAGAUAUAUCCAUCUGUGUUUCAUAAUGAAAUAUAGAAGUAAAAAAGCAAACAAAAACAAGCAAAAAAAUCCAACCCUAAGUGCUGUGGGUUCUACUGAAAACGUUGUGUCCAAGGUUAAUCAGAUGGUGAUUAGACAGCAAAGGUGCGGAAGUUCUUCGUAAUAAAUGCCCCAGAGGAGAAGCAGUUACUGACAAACAUGUAAGAGGAGCUUCAAAGUCCAGUUAUGAAGCGUAAAGGCCAACAGAAGAUGUAACCAGUGGGGAUGGUUGUGGUUUAGAUUGGCUUUCUCAUGCAUCUAAUGCCUGCUUGUCUUCUGCCUGGCCUAAAUGCUUCAAGUCGAGCUCCUUGUCAAAAAAAAUCUUCUCAUAGUCUGCUGAGUUGUGUGGUUUUUUUUCCUCUUCUCUUUGGUUUCACCUCUUCUCUGCUCAUUUCCUUCAUUUCAGUAACGUAAGGUUUCUUAACAGCAAACAGAUCCAGGAUCAGGGAUCUCAGUAACUUAACAGCAUAUUUGGCUUUAAAGUUGUGAAUGCUGCUCUUGAAGCUUGAGUUAACUAGUGGGCAUCUGUGCUCAGCUGCAUGGGGCUUGGGAAGUCACAAGGGCUGUUAACCUCUU